AUGCCUGGACUUAUAGGCCGCCAUACUGUAUUCAUGCGCAUACAGCGAUUACGCAGAGUUAUACAACUCCUAACCAAUGAGGACGAUGGAUACCUAGUGUGGUGAGAGGCUAUGUGUAUGACGUUUUCUUGGGAUUUACUCACUCUGCACAGGAAAGCGAUAGCAAAUAGUUCAAAUUUGGUGUAUUAAUAAACUUCAGCUGACAAUUAUAGCCGCUUAUUGAUAAAAUGCAAUAUGUGUGACAAUGGCUAAUGACGUAACAAUCAUAACACAUCAAUAUUACUGGUAAUACUCAUUAAUAAUUCACAUCCAUCUAUGUGGAACCAACACAUCUCUAAGCUAAAUAAUAAAUAAUAAAAUCAUCUUUAAAUCUGGUGUAAGCCUUUUGGUCCAUUUAUUUUGUCAAGAGAUUGGAGAAAUUUGACCCCUUGUGAUUGAGAAGCCAGGCAGGAAAUACAGGAUGAACAAACGCGUUCUGCAACAAGAACAAUGUAUCUCUGCUUCCAGUUUAAAUGGAAGGGCAAGAGGUCUUUUACUACCAUCCAAAAAUGAAAUUUACAGGAUAUUAUGCUGAAAGAAAUUCUAGAAAUGGAUAGGAGAAGUCACUGACCCCCAUAAAUCAUCCCAGCUUGUGAUGAAACCAGACUGCAGUGAAAUAAAUAAUAUUUUUGUGCAUAUAAUGGCUGUUAUACUUCUGGAUCAAAAUGGCAACAAUACAUAGUUUAAAAAAAAUCAUUUGUUGCAUAAAAAAUGGAGAAACGUCAUUAUAUGUAUACAGUAACUCUACUGCGUAACUUACUUACAUUAAAAUAAUAAAUAUAAUAAAGAUUACCUGUGUACCAGAACCGUCCUUCUAUCCUGAGUACCAAAAUAGGAGUCACAGAACCAUCCUUCUAUCCUGAGUACCAGAACCAUCCUUCUAUCCUGAGUACCAGAACCAUCCUUCUAUCCUGAGUACCAGAACGGUCCUUCUAUCCUGAGUACCAGAACAAUCCUUCUAUCCCGAGUACCAGAACCAUCCUUCUAUCCUGAGUACCAGAACGGUCCUUCUAUCCUGAGUACCAGAACGAUCCUUCUAUCCCGAGUACCAGAACCAUCCUUCUAUCCCAAGUACCAGAACGGUGCUUCUAUCCUGAGUACCAGAACGGUCCUUCUAUCCCGAGUACCAGAACGGUCCUUCUAUCCCGAGUACCAGAACUGUCCUUCUAUCCCGAGUACCAGAACCAUCCUUCUAUCCUGAGUACCAGAACCAUCCUUCUAUCCAAAGUACCAGAACGGUCCUUCUAUCCCGAGUACCAGAACUGUCCUUCUAUCCCGAGUACCAGAGCUGUCCUUCUAUCCCGAGUACCAGAACCAUCCUUCUAUCCUGAGUGCCAGAACCAUCCUUCUAUCCUGAGUACCAGAACCAUUCUUCUAUCCAGAGUACCAGAACCGUCCUUCUAUCCUGAGUACCAGAACCAUCCUUCUAUCCUGAGUACCAGAACCAUCCUUCUAUCCAGAGUACCAGAACGGUCCUUCUAUCCCGAGUACCAGAACUGUCCUUCUAUCCCGAGUACCAGAGCUGUCCUUCUAUCCCGAGUACCAGAACCAUCCUUCUAUCCUGAGUGCCAGAACCAUCCUUCUAUCCUGAGUACCAGAACCAUUCUUCUAUACAGAGUACCAGAACCGUCCUUCUAUCCUGAGUACCAGAACCAUCCUUCUAUCCUGAGUACCAGAACCAUCCUUCUAUCCAAAGUACCAGAACGGUCCUUCUAUCCCGAGUACCAGAACUGUCCUUCUAUCCCGAGUACCAGAGCUGUCCUUCUAUCCCGAGUACCAGAACCAUCCUUCUAUCCUGAGUGCCAGAACCAUCCUUCUAUCCUGAGUACCAGAACCAUUCUUCUAUACAGAGUACCAGAACCGUCCUUCUAUCCUGAGUACCAGAACCAUCCUUCUAUCCUGAGUACCAGAACCAUCCUUCUAUCCAGAGUACCAGAACCAUCCUUCCAUGCCUUUAUUGAUAAUUACAUUAUUAGAUGGAAUUUGUGGUAUCGAUGA